AUGUCAAAAAGAAAACAUUCAGAUGAAUCUAGUACAUCAAUUCAUGAAAACGAACCUACAUCUCGUGUUUUACAUACAAAAAAUGAGAACUCUUUUUCUCCUGAAAAAAAUGGUGAUUUCAAGGCCAAAAAAGAGAAAUUACAAAAUACAGAUGAUCUGGAAAAAAUAAACGAUAAUAUAAAGCUAGAAAAGAAUGAAAUAGAGCCACAAUCCAUGCCACCAUUAGAUAUGUAUCUUGAUACAGUAGAUAGAACACGUUUGGACUUUGAUUUUGAAAAACUAUGCUCUAUUUCACUCUCGAAUCUUAAUGUCUAUGCAUGUCUUAUUUGUGGAAAGUACUUCCAAGGCCGUGGAAGAUCUUCUUAUGCAUAUUUUCAUAGUUUAGACGAAGCACACCAUGUUUACAUCAAUCUUCAUAGCCUUAAAAUAUACGUGCUUCCGGAGUCAUAUGAAGUACGUACAAAUGCACUCGACGAUAUCAAGUAUGUUCUCAAUCCAACCUAUACAAAAGAACAAGUAAUGGCCAUGGAUACAAACACAGAACCAUCAUACGAUUUGGAUAAUAAGAAAUAUUUCCCAGGAUUCGUAGGGCUUAAUAAUAUCAAACAAAACAACUAUCUCAAUUGUGUGAUUCAAGCACUAUCACAUGUAACACCAUUUAGAAAUUAUUUUAUUUUGGAAAACUUUACUGGAAAGAGUGAACUAGUUCAGAGACUGAGUAUUCUUAUACGGAAGAUAUGGAACGCCAAAGCAUUUCGAGGACAUGUGUCUCCCCAUGAGCUACUCCAAGAAGUGUCUUCUGCUUCUGGAAAACAAUUCAGACUGACCGAGCAAAGCGAUCCGCUUGAAUUCCUAUCAUGGCUUCUAAACACUGUUCACUGUGAUCUUGGUGGAUCCAAGACAAAACCAGAGUCCAGUGUAAUCCACAAGAUAUUUCAGGGAAAAGUACGAAUCCAAAGCCAGCAGAUCAUUGCUAGAUCAGAUGCAAACGAUGCUGACCGGCUACGUUUCGAAGUGGGCAGAGAAAUCAAGGAAAAUGUGUCACCGUUUCUAUUCCUAACACUGGAUCUGCCACUCCCGCCUCUGCUGCAAGACGAGUUUGAAGACAACAUCAUUCCCCAGGCAUGCAUAUUGUCUGGACUAUUUUUUUCACCAUUUAACCAAAGCACAGGUUGCAUUGUCCACACUUCUUGCAAAAUACGACGGUGUUACAUCUCAAGAGCUGUCGGGCCAAAGAAAACGCUACAAGAUCACAGCUUUGCCCCCUUUCUUGAUCUUCCACAUCAAACGGUUCACCAGAAACAACUGGAGAGACGAAAAAAACCCCACUAUCGUCAAUUUCCCCGUCAAAGACCUGGAUAUGCGAGGAUUACGCAACAAGUCUACCGAUACCUGGUACCAGAUCCAGGAUCUCUAUGUCGAAGAGAUACCCAAAGAGAUGAUCUUUCUCAACGAGAGCUAUAUUCAGGUGGGUUUUUCUCAUUUCUAGCUCCAUCCAUCCCAACUGCUUUAGAUAUGGGAGCGCAGAUCCCGUCCAAAGCCGCCUCCCAAGACUGCCAGCCACACAUCAGCCACACAUUAGCUAUACAUAGACCAUCUGGCGGCUAUACACGGGAUCCAUAG